GAGCUCGUUGAAACUACCUGGGCGCGUGCUCUCUCUGUAUGCGACUGGACAGUUUGCCAAACAAUUCGUCGCGGAUAUUUGCUCAAAUUGGCGUGAAGAGGUAAUUAAAUCUACUUAUUUGGCUGGCGAACCUUGCUUGGAUUAAAUGCACAUGAUUAUUUUUCUUGAAUUUGUCGGUGAGGGAUAUUCGUAGCCUAAAAAAAAGACGAAAAAUUGUUAAACGUUUGUAUCGUGUGGCUGUCCUGUCGUGUGAUUUCCCUCCUGUCUCGGUUACAUAAUUGUCUUUAAAAUAUUUUUCAAAAUAAAAUCUAAAAAAUCACCAUUUUGAAAUGAUAAAGGUGUCCGAAUCACCAUUUUUCGUUUAAAACUCGCGAGAAGACUUAAAAAUUAAUCAGCCUGUUUGCACACCUGGUGCCUGAAAAUGCAGUGCUAUAAAGCAGAGUUUCUGUACCCCUACUCAAACACAAAGCUUUAGGGGUAAAAGCAAAGUUUUAGAAACCUGAUGCUCUAAAAGGAAAUAAUCAGUAACCCACUUUUUUACACCUUCAUCUCCAAUUGCCUUUUUCCUUGUAUGCCUCCUGCUUGUAUAAUCUUCUUUAUUUAUGAUAGUAAUUAAAACUAGUUACAUGUAGAUAUUUUGUACUUUAUUGUCUUGUUGUACCCCUUCUCUGUGUUAGUCUAUAUAUUCCAUUUUAUUCACUUGAAUCAUGACAAAUCCACAGUGCUGAUGUACCUGCUGAUUUUCAAUGGUUUCUAUGGAAGUAAAUCUGUGCCAUCUGAUUUUGAAUUUGAAUUUUUAAAGCUGAAUUUUUUUUUGCAUCAAAUUCAGACUUUGAAUUUCAAAAUCAUUGAGUUUCAAGGACGCAUUUUUAUUUUCAUCAUCGUUUUCUUCCGCUUCAUCUGGGUCCGGGUCACGGGGGCAGCAGCAGUUUCAGUAGGGAAGCCCAGACAGCCCUCACCCCAGCCACUUCCACCAGCUCCUUCGGGGGGGGAUUCCCAGACGCUCCCAGGCCAGGCAAGAGAUAAAAUCCCUCCACCUGGUCCUUGGCUGGCCACAAGGUCUCCUCCCGUUGAGACAUGUCUGGGACACCUCUAACGGGAGGCGUCCAGAAGGCAUCCUAACCAGAUGCCCGAGCCACCUCAGCUGACUCCUCUCGAUGUGGAGGAGCAGCGGUUCUACUCUGAGCGCUCCUUACCCUAUCUUUAAGGCUGAGCCCUGCGAAGGAAACCCAUUUAGGCCGCUUGUAUCCGCGAUCUUGUUCUUUUGGUCAUUACCCAAAGUUCAUGGCCAUAGGUCAGGGUCAGCGUAUAGAUCGACUGGUAAAUUGAGAGUCUCGCUCAGCUCUUUCUUCACCACGACUGAUCGGUCAAGCAUCCGCAUCACUGCUGACGCCGCUCUGAAAUCACAGCGUUUUUGUUUGUGACACUAAUAUUUUUUACAAUGAUGAAAUAAAUUCAGUGUUUAAAAAAGGUCUCUCAUAAAUAUUCAUCUAGUAAAAAUUCGACUUAAAAAACUGUAAAAAAAAAAAAAUCAACAUAAAAAAAAUUUAGUGUGAAAAAAAUCAGUGUAAAAGAGACAUCCAGGUAACCAGGUAGAAGUAAUUGAUUCCUGACGCAAUCAUCCAUUGUCCAGCCAAUCAAUUAAUGCUAGAUUGGUCAUGUGUCACAGAUUUACUUCCAUACACAGACCCCAGUGGAAGAUUAAAUCCAAUCGAUAGCUUCUCCCUGGUUACCCGGGUGUUGAGUCGGUCUCUUUUACACUGAAGUUUUUGACACAGAAUUAUUUGACACUUAAUAUUUUUUUUUUUAUGUUUAAUUUUUUUGAAAACCAUUUUUUUAAGUUGAAUCUUCACUAAACAAAUAUUUUGAGAGACAGAUUUUUUUACACCAAUUUUUUUCCGUCAUUGUGAAAAAAAUUAGUGUCAGAAAUAAAAAUAUGUGCUUGAAAUUCAAAGUCUGAUUUUGAUGCAAAAAAUUUUCAGCUUUAAAAAAAAUCAAAAUCAGAUGGCACAGAUUUACUUCCAUAUAUUUCUCUUUGUUUUGUAUUUUUGUGUCUUUAGUUACUUUGAAAAACUGUAAAAUAAGUUUGGUUUCUCUUGUUACAGACUUCAGCCUCGCCUUUAGCCAGGAAACCAGCACCGCAGCCCCGCCGUCAGCAGCAUGGACUACUACGCGUCCCAAUCGAAUCGCCGCCACAACCCUGUGGACAGCAUCUGCCGUAAACUGCAGACCAUACAGUGGCGUGGUGACCGAGAGCCAAAUUCGCCGUUCCAGAUUCCCAAACUCUCCUCCAACAAUUACGACAGCCCGCAGUACGGCUUCAGGCACAACCUGGAGGCCAUCCUGAAGAAAGGGACGCUGCACCGAGACGAGGUGGAGAGGGGGAAGGAGAAAGUGAAGCAGAAGGGGAAAGGGAUGGGUAUGCAAGGCUCUGCAGCUUCCCGAAGGAGCAGCAGAGGUCCUUCGGUCCCUCUGUCAACCCAUUCCACCCCAACGUGCAAUCCCCCCACUCCAGCCAAUGUCACGUACACUAUCACAAGCACUCUGGGAGAGAGGAGAGGCGCUGACGGGAGUGACCUCAACAAAGCGAAGACAUGGCAGAGGUAUUACUGCUCCACACCUGCAGGCCAGUCCAAAGACUCCCCUUACUUCACAUUCACACAGGGGCCUCAGUCUGCGCAGCCGGAGAGCGAACCGCCGAGCAGAAGCCCCCCUCUGUCUCGUACCUUCACCCCAAACCAUAGCACCGUUGCCUACAACCUGAACUUUUGCUCAGGAGACGCGGGGAACUCCACAGAGUGCGAGCUGCCCUACCCGGCCCUGGUUGUGAAAAGAUUGUCCCUGGGAGAUCAUGGAGGUAGGGAGCAGAGGGAUGGACACCUGCUGCAAUCAGGAAACAAAAGUUCAGAGAAGACAGCAGUACUUCCAAAAAAAAAAACAAUUUUCUUUAAUACUCUCUGUGCCGCUCUAUUUGCCGGAUGUUUCUUAUGAGCAGAAUUUUUACUAUUGUCCUAUUUGGUCCAGAAUUUAAUUUAUUUUUUUGUGCACAGGCUGAAAAUUAUUAGUUUUCUUCUCUGUGGAUGUAGGGUUUUAUUGAAUAGUACCAAGGAUUCAGCUUCUCUCAUAUUCAAGUCUGUUUUUCCCCUCAAGGAGAAAAACUGUGCUGAAAAGAAUAUUUUACUAAGAGAGACUGGAUAACUGACCACGCAAACCAAACAAAACCCCCAAGGACUUUAGAAACCAGAGAGCCUUACUUUUUAAAUUCAGAGCUAAACCAUUUUUGACGAAUUCUGUCAUUUUAAUGAAGUCUGAAAAUCUACUUUAAAACCUAUUACACUCAAACAUUUCUCAGUGAAUUCCUCCAAAGUAAAAGCGUGACCCGGACUUUUAAAAAGUCAUUAUUUUGAAGGGGGAAAGCGGAAGAGUGGAGGCCAAAUGCAGUCCUUCUGAUAAGUUAUUAAACGAACUAACCUUGUGUCAACUAUUUUUCAAAUAUCUGUCCAUUGUUGUGCUUUUGUAGGGGGGAAUUUUGUCAUGUUCCUGGUUUGCUAUUCAACUCAGCACAUCAUGUUUGUUGUUUCUUUUAUAUCCGUGCCCAGGAUCCUCACUGACCUCCGAAAACAGAAGAGAAAACAUGGCAGAAAUCAGCCUUAUCUGCGAGGAGAAUCUGCUGGAUACCAUCUUCCACGCUUGUGACACCCAACGCCGAGGUAGACCCGCACGAACGCUCGCAUGCUGUUGUAUUCACACUGUGAACCGCAGUGGGUUCAUCCAAUACAAUACAAUCCAAUACAAUCUGCUUUAUUUAUAUAGCACAUUUUCAAAAACAUUCAAGUUUACCAAAGUGCUGCACGGUAAAAUUAAAAGAACAAACAUCAAGAGGAAAUUGAUAAAAACAGGUAAAAGAAAAAAACAUUUAAAAUGAAAUAAAAUAAAUGAAAUUAAAACACAAAAGCAUAAAAGGACAGAGAUCACACAACUCUCAUGCUGAACUAAAAGCCAAGGAAUAAAAAUGAGUUUGAAGACGUGAUUUAAAAGUAGAAUUUUGGGGACAACGAGUUGGAGCUGAUCAGCAGACCUUUAAACAUUUAAGAGAUCAGAGAUGUACUGUGGUGCUGAUCCAUUUAAAGAUUUAAAGACAAUAUCAUUUUAAAAUGAAUUCUAAAAUGAACAGGAAGCCAAUGAAAGGAUGCCAGAAUCGGAGCGAUUCAGCAGCAUUUUGGACCAACUGUAAGCGUGUGAGGGAUGCUGAUUGACACUGACGUAAAGAGCAUUACAGUAGUCGAAAUAAAAGCAUGAAUGACUUUCUAAAAAUCAUUAAAAGAUAAAACCGAUUUAACUUCAGAUGAUAAAAACUGAAUUUAACAACAGAGUUGAUUUGUUGAUCCAAUUUAAAAUCAUUGUCAACUUUUACACCAAGAUUUAAAACUGUGGGUUUAAAAUAAGGUACGAGAGGGUCCAUCUCCCUGAGGGGUUCCCCCACUGGAGCCAAAGACAAGCAAAGUGUGAUUGUCGGACGUUGAAUUAUAACAAAUCAUCAAGUAUUUAAGUGUGAUAUUUAUGAGUCAGAGUAAUUAUAUCCCUCUUAGCAGUCACAUAAUAUCAGCAUUGUCUCGAGUGAAGCAUGCUGUGUCGCCUGCUGAUCAUGACAGGACCUGCUCCCUACUCCUGGUGCUGCUGCACUCCCACUUGUCCUGAAAAGUUCGAUGAAACAGACACCGUUAGAGAGGGAUUUUGGUUUCUUUUCAUUGCCUCAUCUUUUAGAGAGAUUGCAGCCCAUGCAGUGAAGAAUUUUCACUCAGUUUUUGUGGAAAUAUCACAGAAGAGUAUCCUGUAUAGGCGUCUAUUGCAGGCUGUUGUAAAAGUACCUUUUAAAAGAAGCAGAAUUUAUGUUAAAUAGAAAAGUAUUCAGCCCUAAAGACAGCUUUUGUCAGCUACAGUGCUCAGCAUAAAUGAGUACACCCCUUCAGAGUUGUCAGAAAUCCUUGAGUUUUCCUUUCAAAAUCAACAAGAUUUUUUAAGUUGCAAACAAAAAAGUAUUUUUUUCAAUUUAAAAUCAGGAUGCAAAAAUGAGUACACCCCAAUUAAAGUUCUGAAAGCAGAGCUAAAUUUUAGUUAUUAUAUCGCCCUUAUUUUCAUCUUAUGGUAAAUAAAAUGUAACUGUCAAAAAUUGUUCUUUUGCUUAUCUAGAUUUUGAGUAAUACAUUACUUUUAACAGAGGGUGUACUGACUAACGCUGGAAACUGUGAUUUCAAAAGCCUUAAGUGUAACAGAUUUUGCUGUUUGAAACUGUAACCAAACAAAAACAAAUAGUUAAAGCUGCCUCGGUCCUGAUGGUGUAAUAUGAUCAGAUGAGCGAGUAUUUUUUCUUGACCUUCCAGGUAAAGUGUACGUGUCUCACAUCGUGGAUUAUCUGCGGCACACCACCAGCCGCAGCUCAGAAGACAGCGGGCUGGAGGAACUUUGCAACAUGCUCGAUCCGGAGCAAAAAGACGUCUCCAUAGAUCUGGACACUUACCACGCCGUCAUGAGGGAAUGGAUCGAUGACUGCCGCAACAACGGGUACUAAAAAGAGCUGAUUAGAUACCAGAUUUCGAGAAAACUGCUUAAUUCACAGUUAAAUUUAAAGCUUUAAGAGUUUCUUGUAGGAUUACAGGAACAGUAAAUAACUUGUGUUGCUCUAAAUGCUUUUUGACCAGAUUUUUAAAAAUAUUUCUUUGUCUUUUUUUUUUAACUUUUUUGUGUCUGAACAAGAUCUGAACAAUGAAAAAACACGAUUAACCAGUUUUUCCUGCAUAUUCAUCAUUGAAGUUAACAACCAGGAAAGAUUGCAGUGUCCUCAUCAGCCUUCCUUGUGCCUUUACAGAGAAUAGCCGCUCAUCUCUUGUGUCUGGGUUAUGCAAGUAAAUGUUGUGUAGGAGGGCCGUGUAUCAGAUGAUGGAGCUGUGCUGAAACUAUUCUCCCCCGUAGUUUCAGCUAUGUGCAUCUCAGAUGUCUCAGUUGUGCGUCAUCAUCCAGUGUUUGUAUGAGGUCUAGGUCAAAUGUGCAUUUGUAUUUGAGUUUUGACAAACUGGUAAGAGAGAAUUGUUCAGAUUUUUGGAUGAUUUGGUUCCAAAACUCACACUUAAAUAUAUAAACAAGGGUCCAAAGAAGUCCUUGAUGAUUCUGUUUCUGAGGGUUACUACUUCACCUACAGUUCAACACACCUUUUUAGAUAAUUGGCGGACAACACUAGUGUAACUGCCAAACGAGUUAACCGUUAUUUUCUUAAUAUCACUGAGGAUGAUUUUUGGACCGAGCUGAAAGCCGACUGUUUAAAGUGCUGAGUGUGCCAGGCACCGAGAAUCAAACAGUUCACUAAAGUAUUACAAACAUGUUUCCAAGAGUCUAAAAGCAACAUUGUGCUGCACGCUCGUUUGCCAGAACCUUAAAAGAUGAUCAUGAAAGGAUUGGUCUUUCUAUGUUGAUUUAAAAGUUUUCUGUUUUAUUUCAGAGAAGAGCCGACAGAGGACACCACUCAGGAUUCAGUCAAAGUCAGAGACAGCUUAUCUGGUGAGUGGGCUUCUACUGUAACAACUCGUGUGUCUGUUUUUCUUUUUUUUUUUUUUGCUCAUUUUGAUGUUUUUUUGGUGUUUCAGCUCGAAGGUCAACGCUGCUUAAUGUGACCUCUGGAAGCUUGGAGGGCUUUGGUGGAGAGGUGUCCAGAGCAGAGUUGUAAGUGAUAUUCGUGUGUGUGUGUGUGUGUCUUGGUGAGAUUGUGUGUAAAUCCAGAAUACUGUGUCUUAUUUUGUCUGUAGAUGACCGCCCACAGCUGCUGUUGUGGUUCCUGAAUUACUAGAUUUCCAUGGCGGUUGAAAAAGCUCUAAGUUACUAACCGGACCUUACUCCUUUACUGUCUCUGAAUGGUGGAUUCAUUACCCAGAGUCCUUUUCUGAGUUUAAGAAAAAACUAAAGACCCAGAUCUUUUGAAAACACUUCACUGUGGUCCUCUGUAGACCCUAGUGGUGAACUAAGUACCGUAUUUUUUGCACUAUAAGGCGCACUUAAAAUCCUUUUUGCUUGUUGGAGCACUGCAGCUUCUGUAGCCUCGCGGAGUUAUUGAAUGAGUUAAAUAAAGUUUGACUUAUCUGACUGAUUUGUUUGGCAUCAUGAGCUUUAUAAUCCGGUGCGCUUUAUGUAUGAAAAUAGACGCGUUCAUUGAUGGUGCGCCUUAUAGUGCGAAAAAUACAGUAGACUGGAUUACUUGUGGUCAGCAGAGUCCCGAUUUGAGAGUAUUCUGAAUCAGCUUGCACAUAAUGGGUCUCAUUUGUAAAAGGUGAAUAUUGGUACUAAAAAGAAAUGACUCUGGAUCGUAGACUGUAUAUACUAUGGACAACUUGGCUCCGCCUCCCGUCAUUAUACGAAUUUGAAGCCGAAUUGGUAUUUCUGGGAUUUUUUCCACUUCCUGAAACCACCUGUUGCGCAGUAGUAUUGUACGCAUUCGACGGGAGAGUCGCUGUGGUGACACUCAGCGCAAACGGCGUAUCCCCCGGGUGAGCUAUGCAAUCUUCGUACACCUGUAGGCUAUAACAAGUGUCAAUCAUAGAAAACAUGAUGAACCCCCUAAUAACUCUUAAAAACAGAGCUGUACAGAAAAAAGAGGACUUGAGCACAAACCAGUCUGACAAUAACUACAUGUCAACAUCGCAACCAGGGGGGAAAAAAAUGUAUAUUCUGUGUGAUUAAUUUCUAAAGUUUGUUCACAGCCCCAUAGGGAUUGCUGAAGUAGGCGGGAUUUAUGACCUAAACUGCAGCCUGUCACCAGAGGGUGCUGUUCAGACGGCGUCCAUUCUAUAUACAGUCUAUGCUCUGGAUUUGAUCUGAGUUUUCAUGGUCCAUGAAUAAAAGCUAAUGAUAUUUAUGCCGAUGGUUUUAAUGGAAAAGAAGAUUUUGAUGAUGAGAUGGAUAUUGGUAACUAGGAAUCUAGAUGAUUAAUUUACGAUGGCUUAAAUUAGAAGGGAAAAAAGCAAAAACAGCUUUUUGUAAAACUGCAUCUUAGCAUGUUUGAUUGGACUUAAAUCAGGUUGGAGGCGAGUAUUUAUCCUGCUGCUGUUUGAUGAUUGUUGCUGAUUGAUGGAUCAAUAAAGUAGCCUCUGUUUCACAGCUGUGUGGUUAACAUAAGAAACUCAGGGUGAGACUAAACAGAGGCAGAACUUAACUCCUCCAGGGUGUGUCUUCGAUGUGCAGGAAAGGAAGCUCAGCCUGAACUUUAUCUUUGUUUAUUUUUUUUGUGCUUCACUUGUCAGUGAGACAUCGGAGCUGGUGUACUGCCUCGCUGACCUUCAGAUGAACAACCAAAAGCUCCAAGAAGAGGUGAAGAAGCUGAAGCAGACGGUGGAGGGCAUGGAGGAUAGCAACCAGAAGCUGGCAGAGGAAAAUGAGGAACUCCGCAAUCAGGCCAGAGUGUAAAACACCUUUUGGAUACACAUGCUCAUGCACAGCGUAGAUUCACUGGAGCACAAAUCUGUUUGUGACGAUUCAUCUCUCGUCUUUCAUCGCUCAGCACCCAGCAACUGGCCCAGAAGGAGAAGAUGCUGAAGGAGGAGGUGGAGGAGAUGAAAGCUACGCUGAGCUGCACAGAGGAAGGCAGAGCUCGUGCCUCCGCCCACAGCAAACAUGUGGUCAGUGAAACCGACAAAAUAAUCAAAGAUAAACAUGCUCCUUCUUGACUGUCUGGGUAUUCUCCUAAACUACAAUAUUUCAGACCGUUUCAGUCCUGUACCUUAUUCUACAAAGCCCUUAGUCUUUCUACAUUUACCAAAGUUUCAUGAACAGAUUCAGGGAUUUUUGGAGCAUGCAUUCAUGUAACCUUUGUCCAUGAUUGACUGUUUUACAGGAGAGGGAAAACCAGAGUCUGAUCGGCAAAAUCGCUUCUCUCCAGGAAGAGGUAUUUCAUCAAGAGGAAGUUAUUUUGAGAAGUUGACGGUAAAGUCAAUGACCUGACUUAAGAGAGAGAACCAGUUGUGCUCAACCUUUCCUCGAUAGCUGACUGAGAGACACGAUCAUAAGUUUGUUCUUAAACUGCUUUGAUGGCUUCACAGAACUUCAAGGUCACCAUGGAGAUGGACGAGCUUCAGAGGAGGAUAUCAGAGCUGUGCGACAUUAACGCUGACCUUCAGGUACCUUUUACAGCCUUUUUCUGUCAGACUUCAACGUUACAUCUCAUGGUUUUUGUACUCUCCUCUCAUCCUGUCGUGGGAGGAUGUCAUCCUUCCUUAUCCUGAGAACGACCCUCAUGUUGUAAAUCCGUCUGAAGCUCAAAAGAAACGCUGUGUAUUAUUAAGUGAAUACGCCUUCACUGUCCUCAGGUGCAAAUUCACUCUUUUGAUGCUGUCAACAGCGAGAAGGACGCUGUGAUACAGGAGGUCAGUGUGUUGUUACAAUACAAAUUUAUCUAUUCCCAUUGAGCUCGGGUUUUUAUUAUUAUUUUCUUAAUAUUUCUCAAAGUCAUCCCGGUCUCUUUUACCUCCUUUUAUAGAAGAGCAGACAGAUAAACGAGCUGAAGGCAGCAGUGGAGGAAUAUUCAUCCAUCACGGAGGUGAGUGUGUUGAACUCGCCUCAAAAAAACUUCCUUAUAUACUGGUUUUCUCCUUUUUUUCUCCCAGCAAUCAUGAAUUUCUUGUUUGUUAAGGUGCAAUAUAAAUAAAUACCUCGCACUUUUAAAUGUCAGAAUUUUUGAACACGCUUGAUUCUCGCUUAUGUAGAUCGAGUCAAAAAACUCUUAUCAGCAUGUGAGUCACUGGCAUUUUGUUAGCGACUGAAUGUGGGAAUUUAAUCACCUGCUGUCCUUGGGCGCUCUGGUCUUGCGGUUUGUUCCAGCUGAGGAAGAGCAGGCGCAGAAAUGGACUGUCAAAGUCAUGUUGAUUUUCUUCUUACUUUUGCUUCCAGCUGCUGAGGGCGGAUAAAAGCAAACUGGAGAAUCAGAUCCAGAUGUUGCAUCCGGAACUGGCAGGGUAAGUUAACCAACUAACUAACUAAUAACCCAGGAGCUGAGGUAUUUCAGGCACUGGUUAGUCAUGAGUUUUGGAUUUUUACACUGUCGGAGAACCUGCAAAAUCUCACAGUAACUUAAGUUUUGCAUGCUCCUUUUUAAAUUAUGUAAAGUAUUCGUCUUUUACGAUAAUGUCUCUUUGUGACAGAGCCGGCCUGUCCCUGUCGGUGGCCUACAGGUUGAACCAGAGCAGCUCAGGAUCCUUACAAACAGAACUGGCCCUAGCACAGUCACCACUGGAGGUCAGCACUCUCUUACUCCAUUUGCCUUUUUUACUCACUCACCUCUCUGUCUCUCUUCCCCUCCUGCUCCUGUUCUCAUUUAGUGUUGAAUUCUGAGAAAUAAUAGCUGCUCUUUCUUGCCUUAAUGCACCCUCGAAAUCCACACUAAGCACCACGUAGAUGUGUUGUUUUGUUCCGUUCUGAGUAAAUAUUGCUCUCUGCAGCAGGCCCCUCAUGGAGUCGACCUUUUGUCCACCACGAUGAGCUUCGCCUCUCCUCUGGAUGAGACCCUGGACAGAGAAGUGCUGUUGAUGCUGCAAGGACCCAGCCCUGAACACAUGGCUCAAAACAUGAAGAGCCUCCUAGACAAACUGGUAACCAAGAGUGAUCGAGUGUGUGUGACGGAAAAAGACAGCUUAUAAAUAACUGUUAUAGCUGUGAAUGUAAAUUGUCUAGUUGACUGAAACCCAGCUGUCUUAUUUUGUUUCUCUUUUUUUUAAAUGAAAUAGUUGUAAAUCUAACUUUGACUUUUACAUCUGUGGUAAUGUUGGUGUCUCCAGUUUUUGACUCUCUGUCUGUUUUUCAGAAACGAGAUUUUAGAGAAGACAGUGAAUCCGUCUUGUCUCGAGUGAAAGACCUGCUAAAUGACCACAUACAGCCAGGGGAUAACGUCCCCGCCAGUCUACAGGUCAGACAACACUCACACUCUUUUAAAGACUGAGGCGGCUUAGGCACAGUGGUAGAGUCGGUUGUCUCCCAGUUGGAAGGUCAGGGGUUAAACCCAUAGACUGUAUAUAGAAUGGAUGCCGUCUGCCUCCUCGCCGGGGUGAAGCCACCGCGAGAACAGCACCCUCUGGUGACGGGGUGCAGUAUAGCUCAUAAAUCCCGCCUACUCCAGGAAUCCCUAUGAAGCUGUGGACAAACUUUAGAAAUAAAUUCUACACAAUAUAAAUUAUUCUCCCCCCUGCUUGCGAUGUGGACGCAGUUGUGCUCAAGUCAUUUUUUUCUGUACAGCUCCGUUUUUUUUUAAAGUUAUAAGGGGGUUCAUGUUUUACUUGAUACAGCCUAUGGGCAUACGAAGAUUGCAUAGCUAACCCAGGGGAUACGCUGUUUGAGCCGAGUGUCAUCAUAGCGACUCCCAGGGACUCUCCCGCUGAAUGCGAACAACUUUUCGGCUUCAAAUCUGUAUACUGGCACUUUGAGACGACAGAAAGUGCCAUAUAAACAUAGUCCUGUUAGUGUGCACUGGGAGUCUAACUCGACCACUUCCUAUCAAAAUGAAAAUUCCAAGUUCAGAGAGUGCCACAUUAAUAUCAUCCGUAUGCCUCCAUUUGUGUUUACAUGCUUAAGUCGAAGUUGAUUCCAGGCUGAAAAAGAGCAUCUUAACACUUUCUUCGAUAUGACUCAUGAAAUUAUGCAAUGUGAUCUCCAUCUCGCUCUCCCUCCACCUGUUGCACUCUCUUUUUCUAUCGCUGCCUUUCUGCUCUUUCUCUCCCUCCCACCCACUAUCUCACCACAUCUCUAGAGAUCUCACACUUAUAUAACUCUCCAGCAGGCCCCAUCCAAGCUGUGCUGUUUAGUCAGUGUGUCGUACCAUGAACGCAACCCACUCCCCUCCUCCUCCCUCAAUCCAACUUUCUGUAUCUCUCUUUCUCUCCCUCUCUCUCUCUCUCUCUUUCUCUCCCCCUCCUCUUGCAUUGUUGCCACUCUGCAUUCAUUAACCACGUACUGGCAAACAGCGGUAAACAUACCAAAUGAGACAGAAAUCAUUAGUGGAGCAGAGCUGUACCAGUGUUCCUCAGUGUUCGCUCCGCAUGCAGGAAAGAUUUGGUGUCAGAACUUAUCACAGGGAUUAAAACAGCUUGUUGCAGCAACCUGCGGCCUUUCACCUGAGCAAGACAUCAACCCCCUCGGCCUUGUCCUCCCUACAGACAGCGCAGGCCGAGCUGGAUGCGAGAAGGGACGACUGGGCCCUCAGCUUGGACCAGCUAGCCCAGUACACAGACUCGCUGGAGAAGGAGCUGAUUAAAAUGGCCAGUAACAUGAGGAGAUCGCGCACUGAGAUCCUGCACCUUUCAGUCAGGUGAGUAAAGCUCUGUUUGCUGCUGUGCGUGUGUGUUAGUCGUCUGCAGAUCGCAUGAUGUCUGAGAAUUUUGCAUGAGAGCAGAGAAAAAGAAAAAUAAAGGAGGAGGAUGUGCGAGGAUAUCUCUGCAGAGGAUCUCGUCCUGGCUGAUUUGAGAGUACGGUAGGUUUAUACUUCUCGGAGGUUGAGUUGCUCUCGUGCAGCCGUGAUCUCAUUGGCUGAAUUAAACCUGGUAGGCAGAGCUCAGCAGUUCAUUUCUGGCUAAGUAAGGUAAUGCUGAUCCCACUGAAAGAGGAAUAGUUAGAGAACUACAAGCCCAUUAAAUCCAGCAGUAUGCUUGCCAAAUUAGAGGAGCAGUCGAGGUAUAAUGAGCUGGUUAGCCUGGCUGACUCCACAGGGUCAUAGAAACUUUUGACUGUGUCUCUUAGCCUGUUGAGGCACCUACAGACCUAGUUCAAAAUGGAUAAAAAAGCUUUUUACUUCACAAUGUAAUGAGGAUGUGUUCAUAGAUUUUUUUUCUGGAGAAAUUCGCAAUAUAAAAUGUAUUAAAAAGUUCCACCAGUUUGAGUUAGAGCUCUACAUAAGUGUGCAGCUCUGUGCUCUAGUUCUUGGUCUCAGUUGGGCAGUCAGUCGUGUGAGAGGGGGAAAGUCCUGUCAAUCAGCUGACCCUAAUGACCCUAGAAGGCCCGCCUUAUGAGGUUUGGAUCCGAGCCAAAAAACUGGACCUCACUCUGACUCUUUGUGGAUGAAUUUGCCUUGUGCUGUGUGUGUGUGUCUGUUUGCCUGUGUGUUCAUGGAGACGGACAUCCCCUCCAGAUAUAUAACAGAGCUAAUGGGAUACCGCACCAGACCAGAGAAGGGGAAACUGGUCAGGCUGUCCAGCUGGGAUUUACUGGUGCUCAGUUUUCAGGGCGAACUCAGAAACUCAGAAAGUUUGUUCGGGUUUUGAUCUGGAGUGGACUUCUCGGAGUAGGAAUGGAUUUAGGACAGGAACAGGGUUGUAGGUCAAACAUUCAAUGAUCUGUGUGGAGUCUGAAACCAGAAGGUUGGGCGAGGACUGGGAGACAAAACAGUGAGGUGAAGGCACUGUUACCGGGCCAGUCGGGGAACUGGCGCUGGUCACCCUGGGCAACAGAAUGGGACACUGCAUGGGCCUGCGGAUUGGGUACAGUAUGUCCACUGUACUCUCUUUGUGCAUAUGUUCUUAUUUAAGAUUUCUGGACGGCAAAAACACUGCUCUGCUUAUUAGUACGGUUCCACUAGAUUUCCCCGUAAGAACGCUUCAUCCCUCAGCUGUUUUUCCUGAGCGGGAUCUUUGCAUUCUUGCAUUCAGGGUGCAGGAGCAGGAGAACCAGAAGCGGCAGCUGUGUGAGGAGCUGGAGCAGCUAAAGACACCUCAGGACAGCAGAGAGGCCUCAUGCCAGACACCUGUACCAGAGGAAGAGGUAACAAAACGUUUGAGCUAUUUAAGACAAUGUUUCUGUGUGUUAACCAUCGAUACAGCAGAAGGAUUAGCUCGGAAAGUAGCGCCUGUAUUCAUACUGUAUUCAGACAGAUGGAGUAUCUGGGAGAAGAGCGCUAAGUGCGAGUUGGCGGCUGAAGUGGACAUGUGCACCCACACACAGGCACAAACGCACACACACUAACACACACACAUACAAUCAGAUGCGACCACACACCUACGCACUGCUCCUGGAACAAAAAAAUGCACUGACGCACGCUUGAACAUUUCCCUUACAGCACUAUUGUUUCACUGUCUCUGAGUCGAUUCAUUUGCAUACAGUUACAAAUCUGAGAAGUAUCGCUGUGUCUUUUGAAAAUCAUUUAAUUGGUUAUGCUCUGAAGCAGUGAUUGUAUUUCUCUCUUGACUCAUUUGUCAAUAAAAUGAGAUCUUGUGUAUUUUCUUUCUUUGCUGAGAUAUUGAGUCGUUUUUUCUGCCUGCAAAAGUACUUUGCUGCUAAGGUAUUUCUGCAUCUCACCUUUGCACCCUUUUAAGUGAGAAGUUGUCCUUGUUUUGCUUUAUUUCUUUUUAGGCAGGAGAUGACUUGGACUGGGACGAGGAGUUUGCCCUUCAAGACUUCCUAAAGAACGAGUUGGCGGAGAGAAACUGCAAAGGACAGGGAGGGCUACCCAACAACAACAAGCCGGAGGAGACGGCAGAUAAGCUAACAGACAGAGGGGAAGAGGAGGAGGGGGAGGAGAAGUGGACGGUGGUGGACACAGCAGGAGCAGGAGGAGGAGAAGUGAGGGAGACAUCUACUCCACAGCCUGGCUAUGGUGCAGCAGGAAGUGGUCAAGGUUGGUGCAGGAAUAUAAUAAUACGAGUCAACUUUUAUUUAUUUUUACCAGAUUAAAUCUAUGAUGUUACCCCUCAAAGAUGAGCCUUUUAAAUCUGAGUUACUCCAGAGCCAAGAGGAACCUCACAGAGCCAAACCAAAUAGGGCUAAAUAUGAUAUUUCUGGAGCCCUAUUUGAUCACUGCUCAAUCUGUUUCCAGUUCUGUAUCCUCGUCAGAAGGAUUAACAGAAGAUAUAAACCCUGAGCCAGCCAGAAUACGAGUUGAUACAGAAUAUGUCCCUCUGUGCAGGAGAAAUCAUAGUUUCAUCCAGACAGUAUCCUUAUUAUUUAUCUCCAUAUUUCCAGCUCUUGAUACAACAGGGUUCCUACGCAAGUAUGGAAGUAAUUUGAUCAAUUCCCAGGUCUUAAAAAGUACUUUUUAGGUUUCCAAUGUUUUCUAAAAUCGAAAAGUAGGUAUUUCUAAAAAAUGAUUUUAAAAAGUAAGGUAUGGAAAAGUAUGUACAUUCCAACUGUGUAGAAACCCUGAUUUAAUCCCCACCUACAGGAAGAGAAAAAGCAUAUUUCUAGUGCUGACUUGUAGCUUGUUUGAAAAGGAAUGAUUAGUUAAACUUAGUAAUCAUCUUUAAUUGUUGAUUCGUGUGUGUGUGAGAGGGAAAGGGAUGGAUGUGGAUUAUCACUUUGUAAUCCAAGGGAGGCACAGGGCACUUAGCCACCCUUGAAGCCCCAGUCCAGUGCACACACACACACACACACACUCACUCACUCACUCACUCACUGUAAGAUACUCACACACACACACUCACACACACACACGCUCUUAGGCCCUUGGAAGUAGACCCCUGCCUUCUAUGGUUGUUGUGUCCGCGGUCUUAUAAAGGUUUUUGUGUGUGUGAGAGCGAGUGUGUUUGUGGUUUCUACACAGUAUGUGAAAUCCUCUCUUCCUCAAGGUCCUUGUAUGGCCAGGUGUACGACUAACUCGGAGGCAGAAGUGAGCCCCGGUAAUCCCUCAUUCCUCUGCCUGCAUGAGCAGCUGGCAGGAAGAGAGUCCGAAAAACUACAGUGCGAAUGUGGUCAUUAAUGCCACCUUAGCCAUGCAUGGUAUUUUAACCUCUCUGCCCCUCCCCCGCAGCCCAGUGCCUUGCAUAAUAAGACAGUCUGACCCUUUUAUGGUAGAGGUGAGGAGGUUGUUUUUGGGUGAAAGGCUUUUAAAGAAUUUUGUAUUGUCCACUUUUCUUUUCCUCCUGUUAUUUUUUUACUGAUUAGUACUUUAUCUCCUCCUCCUUCCUUGUUUGUGUUACAGGCUCUCAAGAGUCCCGGCCAGAGGUGAACUCUCAAUCUUUACAGGUAAAUUAACUUUGAAAUUAUCUAGUAAUUGGUUUAAGAUCUUGUUUGUUCUCAGAUGCCCUCAAGUUCUCGAGUUGCGCUUGUUAUUUCUUGUGUCUUGAAACACGUCGAGACAGAGGAAAUGUUUACCGACGCUGACUGAGUGUGUUAAUUGAACACCGCAGAGUGGAUCUAGCAGUGAUCUUGUUUGCAGUCGAUCUCAUUAGAGAUCCUUUUGCCUUUAGCUCAGUGCAACAAUGCAAUAUCUGAUCUGAUCACAGCAUGAGGAGAUUUGGCAGAUAUGGAAAUAUAUAUAUACUGAAAACUGCAAAAAGAUUUACUGUUUCUGUCAUGAUGAAACUAACGGGGCGCAGAAUAACACCGGACAAACAAUUAGAUGAUUCAGAGAGGUUACUGGAACAUGUGUUUUCAGACUUGGUGUUAGGGCUGGGCGAUGUAGCCUCAAAUCAAUAUCACAAUAUUUAGAUCAGUUCACCUCGAUAACGAUAAAUGGACGAUAACUACUCCACAAGCUGCUCACCCCCUCCCACAUUAACUUUGCCUACUCCAGCCGCUACAACUUCUUAAAGGGACAUGAGACUAUAGUCUACCUACACACAUCCAAAACCAACUUUUAUUCAUUCCAAAUAUACCAAUAUGGGCAAAAUGGCAUCGGUUAUUGAAGUAAAUUUCUGUAUUGGUAAAUAUUCGGUUCAUCGGCUCUAGUCUGAGAGAUCUAAUAGCAGAAAUUAUACUUUCAGUUGAUUUAAUAAGAAUAUACACUCAAACUGGGCAAAAUAUUUAAAAUAUUAAAGUUCACACUAAAAACUGACCCCAAUAAAAGAUCGAUCUUUAAAUAGCAUACCUACACACAUCCGAAACCAACAACAAAUAUAUUGACAUGGGGAAAAUGACAUCGGUUAUUGUCGUAAAUUUCGGUAUCUGUAAAUAUUCGGGUUAUCGCCCAGCCCUACUUGGUAUUAAACUUUUAGAUUAUAACUUACAGCUGGUUUAACAGCCCCUCAUGGGAGGUCUCUUUAUGUACCUCUAAAAGUAAUGCUCAGGUGCAGUACUCUGAGUCCCAGCAUGUUGAGAGGCGGAAAGUAGUCUAAUUAUCAGAUUUGUGACACCACCAAACAGUUGCUGCGAUUGGUUUCCCAAUUACAAAUAGUUUUUCUAUUUAACUCUAGUCUUCUCUUGUCUUCCUACGACUUCCAUCCGAGUCUAUUUCUCUUCUGCAGCUUGAAAUUUGCCUACCAAAUGUCCUCCAACAUUAUUUACCACUUGUGCGCAGAGACUGCUGUCCUUGCAGGCUGUGUGCUUGUGCUGAAGCCGUCUGCUUCCUUAUAUAGAAUAAUGGCCAUGAACUCGAUAGGUCACACGUGGAUAAGGACUUGAAGUGAUUGGAGAGUGAAGGGAUUAUACAACUACAUAUGAGAGAAAGAUGAGGCUUUAUGAUUAAUAUUAGAUGCUGUACACUAAACUUCAUACAUGCUUGCUGUUUGCUGUCCUCUGUAUUCACUCCGUUUUGUCCCUGUGAGGUUUUCAAAACUGAUUUAAAUGCUCCAUUGAUUUUACAGUCAUUUUUGAAAAGGGUUUAAGGUUUUGAAUUCCUUUGAAGAUGACAGUAAUUGGUGGUCUUUCAAAUACUUCAUCACUGAUGGAGCAGAUGCUUUGUGUGUUCUGUCAGCUAUCAGAUUUUUUGGCUGCUUUUGCAAUUUCUUAUCUGCCAGAGAAUUUUUUUUUUCCCAUCAACUAAAUGUUGGCCUUCUGUUGGGUUUAUAGUUAGUGUUCUUUGUGUGUUUGAUCUUUUCACCCCCUUUUCCUUUUUUGAAUAAUUUAUCUUUUUUUGUGCGGUUGUGUACGUUUAGCAGGAAGAGGCAGCGGUGUCAUCAAGCGCCCACUCACAAGCUGUCAGUAUUCAAAACCCAGAGGCAGAUGCUCCCUCUGAACUGUCCCACUCAGAGAACAACAGUAAGAUCUUUUUACCUGCUUUUCUCAAACUCUCUGCUUCCUGCAGUUCCUCCCAAUUGUUAGCUUAAGGCACUACUGUGUGUGUUUACCCCUUCACAGACGUGUGAGUCAUCUCCUAACUUUGUCUGUUAUAUUUUCUGUAUGGAAGUAGUUUUUAUUGUUUUUUUAAGAAGCCUGCUAUUUCACUUUGCAAAUUCACUUCACCCACCCAGCAAAAAGUGGUUGAAAAGUCAUUGAAAAGACGUCUUCACCAGACAUCUAAUCAACGUCUAGAUUUGGAACGUCUAAAUGAAGCCCAGUUUUCAACGUCUUCUUUCAGGCUAAAUUAUGGCCAUGGUGGGCCAAUGUGAUUUAGCCUGAAAAAAGAUGUUGGGUGUUUGGUGGGUUAGUGUUUAUUGCAUCUUUAUUGACUGAUGGCAUUAUUCUCCUUGUGCAAAUACAUGUUAAAAAAUGGUUAAGUUGAGUUGCAUGAAACACAACGUUUUAUCUUUCCAGUUCUGUCUACAGGCCUUUUGGGAUAGAUCAAACUGAAUAUUAUUUUGCGAAUUGUCUGAUUUUCCAACAGAUGCAGAGGCUCACGUGACUGCAGAUUCUCACUCCUUACCUGAGAAAGAGCAGACGGUCUCGCUGAGUUGCACCCAUCCCACAGAGUCCAAGAUGGUCCCUGACAGCACAGCACCAGAAGCGGAUGAAACUAUCGCCCAGAAAACAAGGUGAAUUUGGACAUUUAUGAAUGGGUCUGUUUUCCUUGAGUGAAACACCCGUUCAUAUAAAGUACUGUUGAUUUCCAUUUUGUUACUUUAAGGAGUUGCAAAACUGAUUUUCGAACAGUGCAGAUCCAGCUUGUUGUAGUCGUCCUGAAAGAAUAUGAAACAAAUUCAAUCAAGCUCUUUAAAUAGAUUCUUCAUUUCACCUGAAAGAGAGAGAUCACCAUGCAAAAGGCACUGUCUACUUAAAGGGUAACAUUGAAUCAAUCCUUUAUUCCGAGAUAUAUCUGACAUAAUAAUCCAAAACAAAGUAGAGUGCGAUGAUAGAGCAGGAGAAUUAUUGGAAAUUAAGUCAAAAAAAAAAACUAGACGUCUAAUAGUCAUCUGUUGCUCACUGGGUGAUGCUUACGAAUAAAAUUACAUCAUUGAUAGUAAAAUCUCUGACAAAUGUAUAUUUAAUCCAUCAGACAUUCAAAUCAUGAUAUUUUUUCCCCACUGUGUGUCUGACGUAUCUAUCAAAACAAAUUCAGUACACUCCUGUAACAGGCUGAAGGCCACAGUGUCAGCACUUAUCUGCAACAGGUGUGCUGCAGCUGCAAACUCUCCCCGCCUCCAUGCUGCUCUCUCUGUUUCCUCAACCCAAGUUUGUUAUUUUCUUAACAUAGAAAGAGAAUCAAUCCUCUGUUUUACCACUUUUACCUGCAUGUGAUGCACUUUAAUCAGUAGAGCAGCAGUGAUAGCACAGCAGCAAAGCAUCAUGGGAGAGUUUAGAAUCCAGGUGUUACACAAGUUGGAGUGUUAAAAGAGGGAAACGCUGCAGAAUUAAACACUUGGUACAAACUUAUACUAAUUCUUGUCUUUUAAGGACAGCUGAAAGUAAUGACUUUUUAAUAAACCUUUGGCUUUGCUGCCAUCGUGUCGUUCCCCCCUCAUUCUGUUGUCUUUGUGUCCCCUAACAUCCUGUCCACACCUUCAUAGGCUUCAUCUGUCGUCACUGUACAGAGUUAUGCCAUUUCCCUACGACAUGGCCCACAUUUGUUAGUCAAACGGGUGUUUUCCCCGCCGUGGGAGGAGUGUGCAGCCUAAUAAGCAUUGCUGCUUCCAUGCUUUGCAUAGUAUAGUCAACACACAACGAGACAAAGGCUGUUCCUCAUCUCAUUGCUUUGAGUGGCCGGACAAAAUGUUAAUUUUGCGUCUAGUUCAAGAUCAGAAAAAGAAGUCCUUGACUGUCUGUUUUUGAUCUCUUUACUUGUGGUUAGCAACCAGCCAACCAGUGAGGAGAGACGAGAAGAGGAGAAAGAAGCUGAAGCCAACUCGAGCGCUGUAGCCAUGAACCGCACUAAGGUUGGUAACAGAGGGGAAGUGUUUUAAUGCAUGAGGGUAUCAUUCAUUUUACCACAGGCUUGCCUCUGCUUCCCCUUCCUCUUUUUGACCCUGUGGCUGUCACCUUCAAUCUGCUGCUCCAUGUUGAGAUUUGAGUUUGUGUGUUUUCAGGUGAGGUAGGCGGCGAGUGUGACAGCGAUGUGUUUUCUGUCCCUGCAAACCAAUUAGUAAACACAACGAGCUGCUUUUGAUGUAGGGUGUAUAUAUACAGUGAGAUCUCUCCAUGGUAAUUAUCCUCAGUCUUAGCCGCAGAUGCAGCACAUCAGUUCAGGCUCCAGCCAAGGCUGUUUGGUGUUGUGAUGCCUCUGUUUGUUUUGCUGAUCUGCUGAGGGAUCAAUCGGAAAGGUUUAUGCAGUCUCCUCCCGGUAGAAGCUUUGAGGUGGACCAAGAAUAAGUCUUUGUUUAAACCCAGUUUAAGUUUUAAUUUUUCAAAAUUAAAACAAAUCUUUUGUCUUUUAUUUAAAGACAUUUGUGAUAAAAGUCAGUUUCGUAUUUAUAACUCUACAUCAAAACACACAAAAGCUUUUCAAACCAGUGAAUAUGAACAUAAUCAAACACAAAUUGAUGUCAAAAUACAUUUUAGCAACGUGUGGUGACAUUUUUGCAUCGUUGACCACGCGCUGUAUGCUCUCUUUAAUUAGGAUGUGGUUUCACUUGAUUAACCUUCCUCCUGUGUUAGCUUUUACUACACACCCAAUAUGUUAAGAGUCAGUUUUGACCUGUGUCUGUAAAUUACACUAAAAACAAUUCUAUAUCAUCCAAUUUGCUUCUCAUCUCUAGGUUCCCUUGUUAGGCUUCAUUAUCCAUGAAAAUAUUCUUACAAUAGUUUUUGUUGUGGUCCUCUGGGUCUUUCUUUGUCAGUAUACCCCUCAUACAGAUAUCUAUACUGAACUGAUCUCACAUGUCUGGACAUUUCCCAACGUUGUUUUUUGUGCAGAGAAAAACAUGGAAAAUGAGAAUUUCCUAAAUCUCACAUGAUUGACAGAAGAUCUGACUGUCAGUGCGGUGCCUGACAGUGCUCUUGCUCUAAUCAUUCGAUAUUGAUCUAACCAGGUCAACGGUGACCCUAACACCAGAAGUGCCAUAAUUUUAAUAAUCAAUCAAUCAAUCAAUCAAACUUUAUUUGUAUAGCACCUUUCAUGCAAGCUGCAACACAAGGUGCUUUACAAAAAGAUAAAAACAAACAACGGAAAAAUAAAAACAAAUAACGGUAAAUAUAAGGCAAUUAAAUAAGCAUAGAACCCGUCCCUUCCCACCCACAGCAACACAUACAGGCAUGCACAGCAGCAUUUUAUAAUUCAGUCAAUUUAUAAUUUUAUUUUUAUUUUGUUGAAAUAGAGAUUCCUGACAAAGUCAAAAAGUCUUGAUUCACAAAAGCUAAUUUAAGUGGUUCUUUUAAGCAUUUAAAAUCAAAAACAGGUCAGUGCAGAUCCUAACACAGGAGGUGGUUUAAAAAUUGGAUCUAUAAUUUGGAUCCCAAAAAAAAAAGAGCCGCCAGUCAGGAGCUGAUGAAUCAGAUUAGUAAACGUGACAUUUUUAAACCAGACGUAUUAGCUGCUUUUUUUCUUUCUGCUGUUGAUCAAUGACAUUUAAGCCUCCUUGGAUAUUGUGCCUCGGUUCAACGGUUAGCAGCUUCCCUCCUAUUCUGAGCGUUGUCAAAGCGGAUAUUAUGCACACUCAUUACACAAUAUCCCAUUGCAUUGCUCAGAGCACUCACCUUGUUCCAUUGUGCGUGUGUAUCUCCGUGUGUGUGUCCACAGGACUGUGUAUGCACGCAGUCCGCCUCCACUACUUUCGCACAGUGCCAGUGUUAAUGUGUUCUCUUAGCACCCCUCUCAGCCACACACACACACACUGACACACACUCACGCACACAGAGCUGCAGGGCUCUCCAUGAAGCUCCAUAUUAUAUAAGAAAUCAGCCCAAUCUUUCUCUUCAACACUCUUUACAGCUUAGAAAGCAUUUCACUGCCAUGGGACAGGUACGCUCCAUGUAAUGAAUGUAUGUUUCUUUUAAUCAUUGACCAUUUUCUUAUUAUGCAGGCCAGACAACCGGUGCUGCACAGCCAGAGUUUUCAUUCUCUCACUUUCUCCCUCAUCUCUGCCGUCUACUUUUGUCCAUUUCAGAGCCUGAGCCAGGACCAAACGGCAGACAGAUUAGCAGCGGAGGACAGGUGAGUGACUCUGGGAACACUGUGAACUGAUUUUUUUUUGGUGUCGUUUUCUCUCAAUCUUAUUUUUUCUUGAUUUGUUUUGCUGCAAACUCUAUACUAGCUUGUAACGGCUCACUCCUCAAUGGUGUGUUUCAGCACGUGUCUUCUCCCAGUGUUGGUAGAAGAGGAGGAGAGUGUUCUGGACAAUACGGCCGAGGUAUCAACAGUAGCAGGUAGCAUGGAAGGUAAGAAGACCAACUCAGAAAUCUGUGCAUGUGCGAAAGAGAAAGCGAGAGGAGAUGAUAUUUCCGAGCUUGUUUGUUUAUGCCUUUGCACAUCAGAGUGUUAGUUUAUCCGCCCACACACCAACUCCUCUUUUCCAGCAGCAGACCAGCUCACCAGCAGUGGAGCGACCACCUUCUCCGACGGCGGCGGCAGCACUCCUCAGUCAUUGUCCGUCACGCAUGGUAGCCAAUCGGGGAGUGGCAUGGGCAGCGUGACCCCUGACCCCGGCCAAUCAGAGGAUAGUCUAGCGAAAAAGGAUUCCCUCCCCUCCGGUGGCAAAAAUAAGAGGGAACUGGUAAGACCUGCUCAACUCCCACUUUCUUUUUCACUGACUGGUAGUUAAAUGUCUGUUUGUUGGUUUAAAGCCAUUUGAAUGUUUUUGUGUGUGUUUGGAUGAGUCAUUAGAAAACUUUUCUCUCUCCUUAAGUUUUUAAUUUCACAAAAAUCUGGCAAAUUUAUUCACUUUGAUAAUAUUUUUGAUUGAGUUCAAAGUAAAGUCACAGCAGACGGAGCAGAAAGUUUAGUUUAAAGUUAAAACAGCCAUGAGUUUUUUUGGCUCAGUCUUAUCUAGGAUCAUUUUAUCAGGAUUCAAUGCCUUCCUCAAUGAUGAGAUUGUGCCAUCAGUACCCUCAUUCAUCAUGAAAUGCCGUCUUUCCAGCUAUGCAAGUGUGUGCUCGCGCGUGCUUUGUGGAAGAGACGGAAGCUUGGAGUGCAAAGGUUCAUUCUGUCUGUUCACAAUCAGGUUUUUCAGAAUCAAGAGCCAACCGCGCCGCCAGCUGCUUUUUUUUAUCCUCAUUUUUAUAAUGUCAGAACUACUGCAGAGAGAGGGAAAGUAAGGGAGUGAGUGAGUGAGGACAGACAGCAGUAUGGACGUGGAGAGCAAUGUGAGUGUGGAGGGCUCUGAGUUAAAAGGAGAGCUUGAGGAGGAGGAGAAGAAGAAGAGAGAUGCAGUACUCUUUGUCCAAACGUUACAGGAGAUUUCACGCAGCAUGGAGACCAUCGAGGAGAACAAGGUUCAAGAGAACCCAAGUGAGACCAACGCAGCAAGUGAGAAGGAGGGUAAGUGUGUUUAGUGUGAGAAUUAUAAACCAUAUUGAUCAUUUUAAUCACUAUCUGUCUCUUGAAGCUAAAUAUUAUUACUGCUUGUAAAGCGACAUGAACAUGGCAACAAUUUGCAGGUAGUGAAUGUGCUCUUCAACCUUAUCAUCCUUUACUCUUUUAGCUGAGAAGUCACAGAUCUCUGACACAGGCGACGCGGUCAAAGACGACAGAAACAGGUACGACAGCAAAUAAUGAAGAACCCUUAGUGAGGAUGUCUUGGUGAAAUGCACAAAGUUUUAACGGUCGUCUCUCUUUCUGCAGCCUGUCACCGAGUGAGAAGGAGAUUGAGGUAUGUAUGCAGUGUGGUCUUGGAGCUGCAUCUUUAUAGAUGGUAGUGACAGAAAUACAUGCAUGCAAGUAGGUGUGCUUAAAUAACAGAUUUAAUACCUUCUCCACAUGCAUAUCAGUUUAAUGCACCACUUUUAGAUUGGCAAAGUGGACUGCAAAGAGUUUUUCCUCUUUUUUACAGUAUUUGGUGUACGUUUCCAGUUAGUUCAGGAAAUAUCACUUAAUCUUCUAUUUCUGCAAAAACAAUCUUUUCAGGGAAAAAUAAAUCUCAUUCAGCUUCCUCCUUCCUUAAACUUAUCAGGAAAUGGUAAACUAAGUCACUUCUGGUUUGUGUGCCGUAAAUCCAUCCCCUUGACCUUAACCUGGUAGCAGCUAUACAGGCCGAUGGUUUAGUUGGAAUAGUCAGUUUUCUACCUGAUGGUCUUUUUUGCCUAUAUAAGGUGUUCAUUAUCGGGUCAAGACUCAACACAGUAGCUUUAAAUAAGAGCCAAGUGUGUUUUUUUGCUUACAGACGGAGUUCCAGCGUCUGGCAUUGGGCUUCAAGUGUGAUAUGUUUACCCUGGAGAAGAGACUCCGACUGGAAGAGAGGUCACGGGACCUGGCGGAGGAGAAUGUGCGCAGAGAGGUGUCCAGCUGCCAGGGUCUACUGCAGGUCAUUAUACAAAAACAACUGCAUAAUUAAGAGGAACGAAUGAACACAUCUGUUAAAUGGGUUUCUCUUUAUCCUUCAAGGCUUUGACUCCUCUGUGUGAGGAUGACAAUCAGUCCAUGGAGAUCAUCCAGAGGCUCCAGAAGAACCUGGAUAUCCUCAUCCAGUCUAUGAACAGGGUGUCCAGUCGCUCGGAGAUGCUCGGAGCUAUUCACCAGGUCAGAUCAUGAGCAUGUGUUUAAGUUUUGAUGCUAUAAUUUGUUGUACAAAGGCGAGGCACAGAGAUAGAUGAAAGUACUUGAAACAGAGUAAGAAGUACAAAUUUAUUAUCAUCAAACAUUCAAAUGUGGUUUACUGCCACCUGCUGUAUUAGAAUAAAAUGGAUCUGAAGAAGUUGAAAAGUAUUUAUUCUGGCCCUUUACCAUCAUGAAUGAAGUUCUGCUGUUAUUGUUAUCAUCAUAAAUCAGUCAACUGAGUGUUUUGCCAUCGUGUCUCAGGAGAGUCGUAUUGGAAAGGCCGUGGAGGUGAUGAUUCAGCACGUGGAAAACUUAAGGAGGGUGUAUACCAAGGAGCACGCCGAGCUGGUUGAGCUAAGAGAGACGCUAAACCAGAAUGAGAGGUCCUUUGGAUCCUCAACUGGUGAGGAAUUUUCAACAGAGAAACAUCCACAUUACUGCCAGUGAGAUAUAAUACAAGUUUUGAUAUCUGAUACUAAACGUAACAACUUUCUCUUUCCUCUUCAAGAUGACUUCCGUGUCAAGAAGCAGCCAACAUCUCAGUACUACAAGGUCAGACAUGGCAGGGUCACAUUCUGUAUGUCCAUGUGUGUUUGGAAGUGAUGUAUAAAUUUGACUUCUUUUACUCUCAAUUACAGUCGUCAGCCAGGCGAGUCAGCAUCGCAGCAAUCCCCCGCUCUGGUGGAGGCAACAUGCACUUUGACAUGGUGAGGACAACAGUGGCAUUGCUUUCAAGAUCACUUUGUUUUAUGACCUUUUUAAUGAUCUUAAAUCAUAACAGAGAUACUUGAAGUCAAAAUACAUUCUCGUAAAGAAAUUAAUAUUGAAAACAAAAACUUCUGCCUGGACCAGUGCAGGCCAGAAGUGCUCACAAAAUCAACUUUCAGUCAGCAAAUUUCAAAGUUUGGGUGUUUUCACAUCAUAGUUCGCUACAGUUUUAUACCACAGUGAGCCUCAUAUAUGAAAAAUGACAAGUUUUGUGCUGCUCUGGUAAAGAUUUAAUCCAAUGAGGUUACAAUAGGGCUGGGCGAUAUGGCCUCAAAUCAAUAUCACGAUAUGUUGAGCAGUUCACCUUGAUAACAAUAAAUGGACGAUAACUACUCCUUCGUCUACUUUAGCCGUCGCUCCAGCCGCUACAACUUUUGAACAGUCCUCCAUCUCCUCACCUGUCUUUCCCUCUUUGUUACGGACUGGAUGGGGUGGAGUCACGUCUCUGACGUAGGACAGUGUCUUAAAGGGACAUGAAACCAUAGCCUACUUACACACAUCCAAAACCAACAUUUAUUUAUGUUUUUGACACGGAAUAUACCGACAUGGGCAAAAUGAUGUCGGUUAUUGUUGUAAAUUUUGGCAUCUGUAAAUUUUCUGUUUAUCACCCAGACCUAGGUUACAAAAUGUCAACUAUGAUGUAACUUCUUUUUCCUCUAAUCAUGAGAAAUGUUUGACUUUCCCUCCACAGUCAAAAACUCAAGAUGGUUCAGAGACUGACGCAGAGAGACUGACCAGGAGAUCCCCGUGGUAAGUAUCUGUAUGAGCUGUUUUGGUGAAAUUUGUCUCUAGAUCAGAUUGAUAUCAGAGGUUUCUCAGUUCCCUCCACUUUUUGGGGAAAUAUUGACUCUGCUUGUCCUCUGCAAGCCACUGAGGCUUGCCGUGCCAUGAAAGUGAGGGCUUUUUGUUGUUAUGCUCCUGUGUGAUAACGAUGGUUUCCAGGAAUGUGGCAGGGAAGAACCCGGCGCGCCCGCCGCUAAAGCGCUAUGUUAGCUCGGCGGCCUGGGUUGACACUGAAGAGCCCUCUCUCAUGAUGAAAGGGUAAGACAUGCCAAGAAGAAAGGCUACCAAGCUGCCUGCCACGAGUCCUUUGACAGUGGACCCAGAUACAUAAAGAUGGCAGCUGUGGAACAAGCACUACGACAGACCUCUGAGCAGAGGAUAUUAUGUAGAAAUAGUUGAAGUAUUCCUGAAAACACAUGGAAAGCAAUCGUUUUAUGUUUGCCCCACUGAGAAAAAAAAAGCACUUAUGUAAUUUUCAGGAGUGUCAGAUGUCAGAAAACAUAUUAUGUGCAACUAUUUCAAGAGAGAGGAUGAAAUAGAAACAUUUAUUAAGAAUUAGUACUAUUUGUACACAGUUAAGUGACUCUGCAGAUGUCAAAAGGAAAAACUCGACUAUUCUUCUGCAAAAACUCUAAACAGUCUGUUUGUGGAGGUUACAUCAGACAACAAAGCAGCCAUCUUUCCUGCAUCUGGUCCCUCCUGGCAUGGGGGAGUGUUUACUAGAGGACAACAUCUUGUUGUGGCUCUUAAAUUUCUGAGACACCAAGGUUAUUUUUUUAUUUAUACUGGACUUGUAAAGCUUUCAAAUGUUUGGGAAUUAUCUGUGCUGAACCAAACCUGGAAAAAAAGAAACUUAAUUAGUCUAAAUGAGGCAUUUUUAAGAAUCUCCAAAUAUUUGAAAGUUGUGGAUUUGCUUUGUGGAAUUAUAACUUGGAAGCAUGUAAUUUGCAUCACAGGGCAUGCAUUUUUUUUCAAAUUUUAAUAAGUAUUUUUUUUAAGCUCUAAAGAAAAUACCUCUGAGACAUGCAGGUAAAUUUCGAUCAGUGAAUAUCCUCUGUCUGCAUAUGCAUGAAAUGUGCAUGUUUUGCAUGUGCACAUGAAUGAUCAGUUUGGUUGUAAAGCCGUGCUCGUGUUGAAUGUGCAACUGAACCGUUUGUUUGUGAAUGCCUGACCCACGCGUGCCAACAGGACGGCCUGCGACAACACCGACUGCCAGUCGGAGGACGAGCAGAAGGAGGAGCCGGUGGCAGAGAGGAGGAGGUCCAGUCUCAGUGAGCUGGGCAACAAAAUCACCUCCUUCAUUCUGCCCCUUAAGACGUUAGUCCAACCAAAUACCCACCACUGGCCUACUGCAGCACCGCUUUCUGCCGGCUAAAAGCUAGGAGGCUAGCUGAAUGUUCAAAGAGUUCAUCAUUUGGCUGUACUGAGGUUCCUCUUAAGCUCUUCUCACCUAACCAUGUUUUCAGUCUAAAAAGUAAAGUGAAGAAUAAGGAACCUCCUAAGUGAUGAAACUCUUUCAUCGUACGGGUCUGUGCUGGACUAGCUUGUUCUUUGCUCCAGGGGUUAAGCAGCUUUAAGUCAUUUUAAUUUUAAUCUUCAGAAAUUUACUUGUAACUUUUGACUGUCUUGAGAUCAGUGUUUGUCAGCCUGACAUGCCACACCUCAUGAUUUUGUUUCAUGCAUGGAUAUCAAGUUAAUCUUUGGUGUGAGGCUAACAAAUCAUCUGACUGAUUACCAGCGAAUCUUUACUUUGCUAACCCUGCUGUCAUCCGCUCUCUUAAUUGUACGUGCAAACUACUACACUUGGACCAUUUCAUCCGUUUUUAUGGGACAACUGAGUAUUUUGUGCCAGCAGAUCAUGUUUUUCUCAACUGUCUUUUUCUUUUUUUUUUGCUCUUUUCCUCCCUCCACAUUGCUCAGGAGUCAGGAUGAGCUGUUUGUAAUGCUGUAAGUGUGAAGGGAGGAGGCUCCAAAGUGGAAAUUGCUUUCGGAUUCUAUUUCUGUCUUUUAAAAAAACAGCGUUGAAUGCAUGUAAUAGCCCUGCAUUUUCAGCCAGGAGUGCCCAUCAAACACGACUUACGUCACACUGACUCUCAUAUAGACUGUAAAGUGAUUUUUGAACAGCUCUCCUGCUGCUACCAAUUCCAGGCUGAAAUUGUCUUCUGCCUUUGCUUGACGAGGCAAAACUCAAAUCUGCCUUCCAUGCCAACUGCUAUUAUUAACUGUGUUGCUGACAGCUUUUUCAUUACGCUUGUGAAGAUGAUGUGAAUGAUUUUGCUUUUCUGAAACUGUUUGAAACAAUGAUAAAAAAAAAAAAAAUUCUGAUUGCACCAAGCUUCAGCUCAAAUCACAGCCUGCCAUUCAUCGCUUUUCUUACCACAUGUCUUCUGUGAAAACAUAUUAUUACUUCACGUCAUUUUUGCUAAUUUAUCUAAUCUCAUCUCCUGGUAACAUUUUCAUAUCUUUCAUUACCCGUCCCUAGUCCAAGUCCAGCCUCCAGCCCUACAUCCACAGAACCAGGGAUGGUCCAGUCUCUGUCCCACAGCCUGACCUCUUCAAGAGCUGCAGCGGCGGCGGCGGUAGCCAGAAGUGGCAGAGGGCUCUGGCUUUGGUUAGCCAUGGUGGUGGUUCUAGCAGGUACAUUUGUUUGUCUGUUUCAACACUUUUUAUUGUGCAAAUUCAAAUUUUAGAAGAAAAGCUGUCAUUUUCCCAAAUGCAGUUAAAGGGAUAUUCCGGCGUAAAAUUAAUUUAGGCUCAAACACGCCGUAACACCGAGUUAGACACCUCCCCGAGAGAUGAAUGAUGGCGACCUCUUUCUUCUCCAGUUAUACCAACUUUAGCAAUGACCGCAGGAUAGCAAUACACAGCGGUCUGAGGAGCCAUAAACAAAACUCAACCGAAACACCACUCUAUAGCCACAAAUAAUGCUCAGAACAGUACCUAACUUCAUCAACAGGACAUAUAGGGUCACAGACAUAGUACUAGCCACCAAACAUCUUUUUAACUUUGCCUAAUUUCUUUAGCAAAGAGACUAAACACAACUCACCUACUCUCUUCCAGCAGCCGCUUGUUUGUAGCGAGACCUGGGGCCAGUUCCUUACAGACCACAGCGGGGUGACACAGCUCAAGGAAGAACAUUUAUGAUCAUUUCUUCAUGGAAAUGCAAUCAGACCGAGACACUAAGGCAGAUGAACUACCGCGUCUGCAGUGCAAAAUGAUUAAUAUGAUGAUUAUUACUUCAACAAAAUGAUAAAGAAAUUAUCGUAAAUGUUCUUCCUUGAGCUGCAUCACCCCGCUGCAGUCUGGCCUGUGGUCUCGCUACAAACAAGCGGCUGCUGGAAGAGAGUAGGUGAGUUGUGUUUAGUCUAAAGAAAUCAGGCAAUGUUUAAAAGAUGUGUGGUGGCUGGGCUGGGACCCUAUAUGUACUGUUGAUGAAGUUAGGUGCUGUUCUGAGCAUUAUUUGUGGCUAUAGAGUGGCGUUUUGGUUGAGGUUUGUUUAUGGCUCCUCAGACCGCUGUGUGUUGCUAUCCUGCGGUCAUUACUAAAGUUGGUAUAACUAGAGAAGCAAGAGGUCAACAACAUUCAUCUCUUGAGGGGGGGUCAUACUCUGUGUUAUGGUGUGUUUGACCCUAAAUUAAUUUUAUGGCGGAAUAUGCCUUUAAAAGUUUACGGUUGCCCUGCAGGUCUCUUGGCACUGCUGGCCAGCCUUGUGAUGCAGCCAGCAGUGGAUGCUGCCCCUGUGGGGACCGGGGACUCAUGGAUGACAAUCCAGCAGCUGCUGUGGCCUUACGCAGGGCUCCGACACAACGGACAGCCCCCUGUCUAACCCCUGAGACCCCGGGGUAGAUGGCUGAACUGGCUGUCAGCCCUCUAUGGAAAUAAAUGGUGCACUGGGUUGGUGAAGAAGAAAGUAGUGUGCCAGACCUAAGCAGAGGCUGUUGAACGUUCACUGGUGCCUGAAGAUUUCUGAAACAGGACUCGCAGUGACAGCACAGGCCUCAGGGGAUGAGUAACCCUAUGGAGGAUUUUAUGCAUCACAUCACGUUUGCAAAAUUAGUUAGUCUGUUUGGCGUGUAUGGGUGUGUCUAUGUUCAAAGUAAAAAAAAAAAAAUGCAGUUACAGGCGGUGAACUCCUGAAAGUCCUUGACACAAUGAUGCAGCUCUCCUGUCAGUGCUUAUGGUAACUGCCUACUUGGACCCAACACGGCUUAUCAAAUCAGGCUUGACCAGUCACCAGAGCUGCUGGCACACAUCGACCAAUCAUGUUAGAGCUUUGAUAGCACUGAUCCACCGAGUCAUGCCAUGGGCCGCUGUGCAGUUUUCCAUUGACAAGCAUCAUGGAUGAUGGCUCUGAUUGUGCCACAUGGCUUUUUAUACACAUUUCAUGCACUUAAAAAAGGGACAGUCCGCCUUUAAAUUGACAUUUUCCAGUCAUUUCCUCGUGUAUUGUAGAGGAUAUUUUAUACCUUUGAAGUCGAUAAACACUGGUAAUAAAACCUUCAUUUUAUGUGUUUUUAAAAAUUUGAAAUCUUCUAUUUAUGAGAUUUUUAGUUAUGAGUGGGGAGAUGUGAAUAUAUGUUUAUUUUUGUUAAGUUAUAAAUCUACAUGGUUUAAGUCUUUACACCAAAGCGUUUUUUUUAUUUUUCUCUCUAUGUUCUUGCUGUGACAUUCACUCUUUUCAACUUUAAACGUGUUCCAAAGAAGUGUGGAACUUUGCACAAAUAAAGUAGCUUAUUCUACAAAAGA